CUCCUAUUAUUUGGGAUUGUGUCUGACGUUAUAGAACGGUUGUUCGACUGUAGCUGCGUGAAAUUUCGGGGGGCAAACAUCUGUCUGAUGAACAUCUCUCUAAGUAAGUGCUGCCUUCAGGACUGAGGGAAAAGGAAUUUAUGAGUGAAAAUGAAUGUGGGUGUAGCACACAGCGAGGUGAACCCAAAUACAAGAGUUAUGAACAGUCGUGGAAUGUGGCUGACCUAUGCCCUUGGAGUUGGAAUGCUUCACAUUGUACUACUUAGUAUUCCUUUCUUCAGUGUCCCAGUUGCAUGGACUCUAACCAAUGUCAUUCACAACCUGGGAAUGUAUGUGUUUCUGCAUGCAGUAAAGGGAACUCCAUUUGAGACUCCAGAUCAAGGUAAAGCAAGACUCCUUACACACUGGGAACAGCUAGAUUAUGGUGUGCAGUUCACAUCAUCCCGGAAAUUUCUCACUAUAUCUCCCAUCAUUUUGUAUUUCCUAACCAGCUUCUACACAAAGUAUGACCCAACGCACUUCUUCAUUAACACAGCAUCUCUUCUCAGCGUCCUCAUUCCCAAAUUGCCACAACUGCAUGGUGUACGAAUUUUUGGCAUCAACAAAUACUGAAAAGGAAUUCUGGGAAAAGUGUUUAAUACAAGCGCACUUGUUCUUGGCUCUGGCUUUUUCUAUUCUAUUGGAAUGGGUAGCCUAUUAGGCCAUUAACAGUUCCAACAGAAAGGAUCUAGCUGUAUCUUCUUUGUAAGCUGUUGGAAUCCACAUGGACUUUGAAAAGAAGGCUCAGCUCCCAGAAUGCAUUGGAAGUAGUAGAUGUUAGAGAAGGAUUUUCCUUUUAUUCGCUGGGCAGGCCCAGCAUCCACAUGAAGUUUGCAGUGUAUAAAUCAGACUGACAUAGGUUACAAAGAAGUUAGAUUUAACUUGUUGAAUCUAAUGGGGAAUUUAUAGAUACAUUUCUAAGUAAUAUUUAUUGCAAUUUUUCUUUUUCAAGUUAAGCAAUUCCAUUUGUAAGGUAAAGCUCAUUAAGUUGAUAGUGUAGCCUUGUGCUGCAUGCUGUGUUAAUAAUGAAAUCCAUUAGCAGUCUUUUAUUUUCAUAUAGUUUUACUAUUUCCCCUUCUUGAAGUGGGUGUAAUUUGUAUUAUUAUUAGUAGGAAAGGCUUUAUGUUACACUUGUACCUUUAUUAAUCAUCAGGUCUUAAACAGAGAAGCAUUUGAUAAUGUACUGGUUUAUAUAACCUACGUGCAAAUGAAAUGUAUAAUCUACAGCACCUGCAUAAAAAUAUCAAACUGAUGGUGGCAUAAAUUCUAAGUUUCCGGUUGACUUCUUCAUCUGUGCCAUCUAUGUAUACAUGACUGCACAGCAUAGAUAAAAACUCAAGCACUGAAAGGUUUAUAUUUGCAGUCCUCUUUUUCUGUUUUAUUUCAAACAAUACUUUGAAAUACACUUUAGCUGUUUUGUUUCACGAGAUGUCUAGGCUAGAGCCCAGCAUUGCUUUUAGGUAGGGAGUGUUAGUUUCUUAAUAGACAUGGGGUAUAUGAGCUUACUCUCUUCAGUUAAUACCUAGGUAUUUAAAUAUAUUGCUAAUAGGUAUAAAGAAAGAUGCCAGAAUUGCUCACAAGGCAAAAAAUGACAAACUUCAAAUAAAAGCUCCUGAAUAUUUUCUUUUGUUUAUGAAGCAGACAAAAUAAUUCAACCAUAUUUUGAUAUGGACAAAGACUAUAAGAGAAGAAAAAAUAGUAAAUCUGUUUUAUUGCAGGUCAAUAGUAUUAAAUCAUUGCAAAUAAGACUGCUGAUCUGAAUCUUUCAUGUAAAAUGUUUUUAAUGGAGAUAAACUGUGGCCCUACUAUAUUACUUAUUCCCUUGUGCUCAAGAAGAAAAAUUUGUAAAUCAAAUAAAAAAAAUGACCUAAUUAGGAACUGGAAGGAAAAUGCAGCCAGAAGUGUUAGAAUUCUCUUAAAAUGAGAACAUUCAACAGUCUACGCAAAGGCUCCCAAACACAUUUUAUGUACUUUUAAUCAGAAUGGAAAACCAAAAGAUUUUAAUUUCCUUUUUUAUUUUACUAGUUGGCAAACAGUAUACUUUGCCCAAUGCUAACAAUACAAUGUUUCCACCCUGCUUAGAAUUCCAGAUCAUCAUUUACGUUUUUUUGGCCUUGGAAGCUUCUUGUUCUUUGGUUCUUCUGCUUGUUUGGUUAACAAAAUUGAAAUUUUGUUAAGCAGAAAAUAUAUUUUUAAAUUAUUUACUUAGAACAAUUUUGUUAAAGUCAGAAAGUGAAGCAGAAAAAAAUAAUUUUGGAACAUUAAGAAUAGAAAUACAGAUGUGAAUUCACAAAAUGAUUUUGGGUUCAGAAAAACUGUUAAUUUUAAAUUAAUGAGGUUUCUUGGUGAAGUAAGAGAAUUUACAUUGUUUAGGGAGACUAUAAUUGCACAAAGUAAACUUUUUUUUUUUUUUAAAUGUUGUAAACAUUUGUAACCGUUUUCUGAAUAUUUUCCUUUUUUGAUGUGUUUUAGUUUACAAAAUAAAAUUCUUUGCCCUAUGUCUUCUUUAA